AUGGAUGCAAGAAACUCAAUUCUUGUUAAUGAAUUAGUUAUGCAGUUAAAAACUAAUCUGUUAGGGUCAUUGGAAGUAACUGGAUUGGUUUUCCACGAUCCAAAAGUUCUGAUACCAGAAAUUCAUGCGCGGAAUUUAGCACAUCGUCUCAGUCUAUACGUGUUUUUUUGGAACGUUAAAAAACUACCUAAAAAUCAUGAACACUUAAACUUACAAGAGCCACUUCGAACUGUUAUGAUAACGAACCCGAGAAAAUUCGUUUAUAGGAUCUACUACAAUCAAGCAUCAUCGGCAAAUGAUGGGAAUAUGAAACUUGUUAAUUGGUUUGAUGGCAACAAUUUGGGACUAAAUGCUGAACCAAUCCUACCAGAUAUGAAAAAUAUAUAUAAGAACUUCAACAAGCGUGUCUUCAUUGUGCCAAUAAUUCAUGAAGCUGAUCUUUUGUUUGGCGAUACUGUAAUAACUAGCGAAAAAUUGCAGGAAAUCGAAUUUUCAUUCUUAACACUCCCCGAUUCUGGGGCAUUUUUAACUCACGCGCCCCGGAGGAUCAGCGAAGCAUUUGCAUUAGUUUAUCCCUUUGAUGCAAGCGUUUGGCCCCCACUUGUCUUUACUGUUGUUAUUGUUGGUCCUAUUUUAUAUUUUAUGGUUGUAAUUUUAGAAAAGCUCAAGAAGAGAAAGAAGAAACAAAAAUAUUCAAAUUCAUAUGGCAAAAUGAUUUAUACUCGAGAGAUAUUUUCCAUGAAAAUCGAUGGGAAGCGUAAAAAACAUGCAAGAAUAUUGGAACAAGAUGGAUUGCUAAGCCUCUGUGUAUGGUUUACAUGUCACAUUUUUCUUCGACAACCAGCUAAUUUUCCUUAUGACAAUAAUUCAGUUCGAUUAUUUUCAAUAAUUCUAUGGCUUUCAUCCACUUAUGUCUUGAGCGAUUUAUAUUCGGCACAACUCACAUCUCAAUUAGCGCGACCAUCCAAAGAACUGCCAAUCAAUACUCUGCAAAGAUUGGAACAUGUUUUGAAUAAAAGUGAAAGUUAUAAGCUUUUAGUCGAAACAAAUUCGGCUUCACACAACAUUCUUAAAAAUGGUAUUGGAAUUAUGAAUCGAUUGUACAAUAGAAUGCAGUUUGAUGAAACUUUUUGAAGGCGGAAUUCUUGAUAAAAUAACAAACGAUGAAUAUAAAAAAAUGUAUCAAAGCAUGCCGAUGGAUCUAAGUGGAGGAGAAAAGAAAAAUGCCGACCAAGAAAAUGGAAAAAUUGAAGGAAAAAUGAAUGGUGAAGAUAGCAUGGGCAG